CGUCUAGUCAUUUUUUACGAGUUUAAAGCAGAAAUUAUCGUUUAUUUGCCAAGAAAGCUAUUGAUCUCUUGUCAUAUUUGUAAAAUAACUAGUUCUAUUUUAAGUUAGUCGGACUAUGGAAGAUAUAGCCAGGAAGAAAUUUACAUACGAUCAUGUAUCUUCGUACAAGGCUCGCGGAAAAGUCAGAGCUUCAGAUCGUAAUUUUCGAGCUCAGCGUGCAAGUGAAAAACGUCACCUCUCCAGGAUGGAUGCAAUCUCCAAACGAAGGAGAAUGCCUCUAUCUCCACUGGCUGAUGAAAACGUGGUUGACAAGUGUACGAAAGCGGGAGAAAACGUUGAUGAGCUUCAAGAUGAAACUUCAAAACCACAGCUUAGCAGAAGAGAGCAGCUAAUCAAGUGGCAAGAGGAGCGAAAACAAAAGAAAGCUUCUGAAUCACAGAAAAGGAAAUCUUUUGUUGUGCGUCACGUCAAACACCAAGAAGAUGCUACUCUUUAUUCCAUCAGUUCUGGGAAGAAAGUGAACAGAGGGGUUACUCAACCAGUUAAACCUGACUCCAAGCCUGCUGCAAACAAAUCCGACAAACAGGUCCCUAGGGCAUCAGCUAGGAUUGCCAAAAAGGAGUCAAGUAAAGCAGCUAAUUACAAAAGUAAUAUGAAGGUGGAUCCCAAAUCUAAAGAUGCAAAUAAUGAUAAGCUAAAGGAGAAGGCUAAAUUUAGCUCCGACAAGACUGGCAGGGUCACAAGGCAAAGUGUUCAAAUGAAAUCAUCUUCAACUGGCAAAAAUGUUGCAGUCUCUCAGUCCAGCAAGAAAGGAGAGCCAAAAAACCAAGUGAAAACAAGAUCUCAAGCCAAAAAACUUCAAGAAAAAUCAACGAGAAGUGUUAAGGAUACCCAACAAGUUCCACUUGAAGAAACAACUCAGGAGUUUACAAAAAUUGAUUUACCAGCUCUGGAGAACAUAAAGAAUACUGUUUCAUUUGGUAGAGGUAGCUCGGAAGGUGUGGAGAGGGAUGCAAAAAAGCCAGGACCAGAUUUGGGGCCACCAUCUCUUGCUCCCAAAGAUUUUCAGUUCACUGCUCCAAGUGGCAUCAACACCUUCACAUACUUAUCAAAAACAUUCACGUUUCAGCCACUUAGCCCAAAGACUGCUGCGGAAUUUAUAUUUCCAACAUCAGCGUCUUCUUUUUUUAGUCCCAACAAGGAGAAAUCUACUGAAGAAAUGCAGACAGAGAGCAAAGCUUGGGAAGACCCUGUGGCACUUUGUCAUAUGAAUAGUACACUAGAUGAAAAAGAGAAUACUGAACAACAGAUGGCUGAUUAUGAAACGGAGAAAUGUGAGGGAUCUGGAAGUCAAGAAGGUACAGGUAGUAAUGUAGAUGAGAAAAAGGACACAGCAUCUUGUCCAACAGAUGCCAAAAUUUCAUCCAGCCAAGGACAGUCUUCAUUAGUUGAAGAAACAGAUGAUGGCAGCGAUCUUGACACACAACAUGAUGCAGCAUACUUUAGGAAUCUUGUAGCAAAGGAGACUGACAGGUUGAAUGAAAUCUGUGCAAAAUGGGAGAGGAUUAAUGCUGAUGAACAAAGCCUCAGUGAGGAAGUGACUGGGCAAAUAAGGACAGUAAUUGGCCAAGCCCAGCUGUUAAUUGAUCAGAGGUUCCAUCAGUUUUCAGGCCUCAUAGAUCUGAGUGAGGACAAAAAUGCAGAAAAGCAAGCCACUGCCUCUGACCUUCAAGGUUUCUGGGAAAUGAUUUAUUUUCAGGUUGAAGAUGUGAAUGCUAAGUUUGAUGCACUGGAGAAGUUAAAGGAAAACAACUGGAAAGAAGAAGAAAAGAAGACAAAGAAAUCCUUGAAGAAGACUAAAGCAAAGAAACCAUCCGAAAAUGCUGAUGCUAAACCUAACAACAAAGCGGCUGCUGCAAGAAACAGAAUUCAAGAAAUGAGAUUGGCAAUGAAGGCAAAGAUGGCUGAAGAAAAAGAGAAGUUGAGAGCCGAAAAAAGACAUCAUCAGGAAGAGGCUUUCGUUACUAUUCUAACACCUGUGAAAAAGUGUAAGAAAAACGAUGGAAGCGAGGAGGUAGUAUUGACACCAGUGCGCCGAUCCAUUCGUAAGACGCCACAGUUACGUGUUAUGGCUGGUAACAGCACACCCGUGAUAGUGACCACACCUAUGAUUAUCAGUGAAGACAGUCCAGGGCUAAGACUUACUCCAGACAAUGGCAUUCAAGUCAGCGAAAUGGUUGUUACAGGAAGUAGAAUGAAACUUGAAGAACCAAACCAGGAAGACGUGUGUGAAAUGGAAAGCAAACAAGAAGAAGGUAAAAUUCAUUGCGAACUCGAACAAGUGAAACUAGAAGUUUUGAAAUCUGCUCGUAAGACUACAGAGGACAAACCUCGAAAGGCUUUGGGAAAAGUCACCUUUCAAUCGCCUGGUCAAGAAAGCACGCCUGCAUAUGCAGCUCACGAAGGAGGUAGUACUCCGACAGAGACCGCUGUUGAAGAUAAUCCAGACCCAGUCGAGAGCAAAGCCAAGAGGUCAACUCCGCGCUGUUUCUCGGCGCGUAAAUGCCGCAGUCGCUCAGGAACACCCUAUUACCAGCAGAGGCCUCGACGAAGAGUUUCUACUGUCGACGAGAAUGUUACACACGGGACAGAAAGUGCAGAAUGUAGCUCAUCAGAAUCUGACGCCGAAGCCAAACCUAAAGAGCAGUGCCCUGGGUCGGGAUUGAGAAGGUCAUUGCGAAGGACGCCCUCUAAAUACCGAGAUUCGGCGCCUUUAGAGGCCGAAGCUGUAGGAAAGACUCCGGAACAAAUUUCCGUGAAACUGUUCCAAGCAACGGAGGAGCCUUCUACAUGUGACUUGCCCAAAAAUGGUCAAGAACCAGAUGCAUUCUGUAGAUAUCUGUGCCCUUCCUCGUCGGAUGAAGAAGACUGCGAGAAGAAACCUGUGGACUCAGUGCCUGUGGAUGAGAUCGUGUUUGAUAACAAGGACCCCAAAUUGGAAGGCACCGCUGUCGGCGCAGAUGUCAACAUCACUCCGCCAGACGAACCCGGCACCUUUCUCAAGCCUUCAAUCACUAAAAGUGAACCCAAGACAGGCAGGACACCCAUACACAUCCUCAGGUAUCUCUCAGACAUGGACACACCAUCUCCAAACUCCCGCCAAAUUACUCCCAUGCCGAAGACCACGAUAUAUGUAUCUCCCUCUAAGAACAGCAAGACUCCUGCACUUGGAGACAGCUUAGGGAUGAUGUCGCCGGAACACGUGGUGCGACGAUUUCCUGCCAAUAAUGAUGGUUCGCCGCUCGUUACGCUGGCCGCAGGGGCUGGAAAAGAAGGCUCACGCGCCGUGACGCCAUGCGGUCAGUUGGCUGUGUUUAGUCUUGACUCUCCAGGUAAGAGUGAGAAGAGACGAGACUCCGUCUUCUUUGCUUCCGUGUCGACCUCUGUGGCCGGGGCUGUGGAUAACCUGAUGUCCUUCUCGCCAGUUGUAGAGUCAAAUGAAUCAGAUUAAUGAACUCUUCAAAAUUUGUGAUACUCAUGCUAGACGAAUCACCUCAUCGUGGGAUACUUCACUCAUGGAAGUAAUUUUCCGAUUGCAAUGCAAUGUUUCGCUCUAGAAGAGUUACAACGAUAGAGAUUAAUUCUCUAAUUUAAGUGUCCUAAAUUUUUGAAAAAAAGCAGCCGUCGCAAAGACUUUUCAGGAAGACAAACAAUCCAAGAAGGCAGACAAUCGAAGACCGCUCCGUUUGUACUUUUACAUUUGUGACAUAAUAUAUAUUUUUGAGAUAUACAUUCAAUUCGAGAGUAGUUCUUUUAACUUUUGGGCGGUUGAACUGUCCUUUUACAAGUGAUUUACUUUAUUUUGGGAACAAAAUGUGAUGGCAAUUGGAACGCUUUGACAGAAAAUAUUUCUCAAAAUCCUUUCUUCGAACUGUUGAUUCCACUUGUUCUGAUGAUAAGGUUUUACUUGGUGUAAAUAUGGCGCCUUGUCAUUUGAAGCGAACCUUAAUUUUGCUCUACAAUUGAGUGGAACAUCUUUAUUUUUACCUUCACCGUUAUGCGUGUAAAUAAUAAACAUUUAUAGGAUUUUGUUGGGUCUGCCUAUUUUUGAUGCUAUUGUCAUCAAGGCUUUCAGAUGACGUCAGGGACCUCUAUUGUAACAACGCAUGUGCAGAACCGUGAAUGCGCUUGCUAAC